AUGAGGCAAGCCCUCCUUCUAACACACUCGCUCCUCCUCGCCACCGCCGUGCGGGCCUUCCCCUUCCACCUCGAACAUAUUUUGCACGUCGAGGCCCGCCAUGUCUCCGUGAUCGAGAAGCGCGAGCCGCAAGGCCUCCUCGACAGCCUUGCCUCCAUCGGCGACGAAAUCUCGAGCGCGUUCAAUCCGAACUCAGGUGCUACGACUGCUACACUGGGUACUGGCAGCAUCGCCACCGCGUCUUCAAGUGAUGAUGAUGACGAUGACGAUGACGACGACGAGACGACCACUUCCCGCGCAACCGCCACCCGAACCACCGCCAGCAGCAGCGCCUCGCGCACCACCUCCGCCUCCACACGUCGUACCACCUCGACCGAGGAAUCCAGCACCACCGAGUCAUCCACGAGUGAAUCGUCCACAACGCCCAGCAGCACCAGCGAAACCACCGACUCCUCCACCACCAGCAGCACCACCACCUCUAUCCCCGCCGAAACCGCGCGCGCAAGCGAAACACCCGCGGCCUCAUCCUCGGGCUCCAGCUCUUCCGUGCCGCUCGCCGGCAUCGUCAUCGGCGCCGUUGGGGGUGCCCUCCUGCUAGGCCUGAUCAUCUUCGUGCUGCUGAAGUGGGGUCCGCUGGCCAAAUGGCGCGAGAACCGCGCGUACGAGAAGAUGAUGGAGCGCACUUACCGGCCCGCGCUCGACGACAAGUCGGACGGCAUGGGCGGCUUUGACUUUGGCGGUCCGGGUGGCGCCAGCCCCACGACUGCUGGCUUGGGGCUGGCUCCCGCGGGCGUCGCAACUGUCAGUGCGGGAGACCAGGUGCCCCCGAACGGCGGCUACAGGGGGAUGCGGCCGGCGACCGCGGGGACUCCUGUGACUCCCAUGACGAGUGCGGGGCCACAGAGAGCGUUCAGCUUCAGCGAGGUGGCGGGAGCGGAGCAGGAGAAGAUUCGAAGGAAGCCUCUGCCGACGAUUGGCACGGGAGGCGGUGUGCAGGCCAGUCCGAUGGCGGCGGGGCUGGAGACGCCGACGGGGCCGGACAGGGCGGAGCCGUGGUUGCCUGGGGGUGCGAAGUAG